AUGGCGACGACCUUCGUGUCUAACAAGCUCCCGGAACUGACCGCUACCAACUGCGAAUAUCACAUUAUGACCUUAACUAAAGUUAUAGUAGCGAUUGUCUUCUCUUUGGCCUCUAUAAUUCUUUUUUGGAUUUCAUACUCGACCGCCACAAUCUGCACAAAAGAAGCUUCCCUGUCAUACAGAGAAGAACAUAGUAGCGCUAAGCAAUUGCCUGACCUUGACUCUCCCAAAUUGAAGCAGAUGUUUGUUGAAUACCUACAAGUGUGUUGCAUAGCUCGAGCGAUUUCCAGCUAUGUGGCUUUACACACACACAUCUUUUCCAGCUACUUUGAAGAGCUUGGGCCCAUCGAGAAGCUCAAACACAACAUGACAAUGAACUUCCUUUUUCUGUUUUCCGCAAAACUAAACAUUAGUGUUUCGAUAUGGGCAGCCACCCAUAUUAGCGAAUAG